CUUACAUUUUUGACCGCAGAAGCACCGGAUAAACACACACUCAAAGGCAACAUUUUGUCGGUGGAUCUCUCUGUAAAUAGCUUUACAUCUAAAUUAAUUCCUUUUCUAUUGAAAGCACUGCUGUUCUGCGCGUGUUCCCGACCUAAUAAAAAUAUUUGCGGAAUCCGAGAAAAAUACCCCAAAUUCACUCCACAUGGCUCCACUUUUGAGCUAAAAUCUAAUGUCAUCACAUGAUCAAAACCCUUCAUUCAUGCUUGCACCCUCUUGGCUCGGACUCCCCCCUUCUGCCUGUUUGCUCGUCACUUUUUUUUUCUGCAGCAGAGUGGGAUGCAGAUUUCUAUGAGGAUCUCAGCACACAGCUUCUUGCGCUCCAAUUUUUUUUUUUUUUUUUUUUUUUUUUUUGCGUGAGCCCAGGAAAUGAUGGAGCCCAGUCUGCUAGAAGCCAUUUGGAUAGAGAGGAUUUUUUAUUGAUGAGAAGAAGGACAUUUACUGGCCGUUUUUAGGGGGGUAUUUUUUGAAUGUUGGCAGUGGGAUGGGACUCAAUCACUUCCUGUGUCUGCUGCUCUGUGCAGCUGCCCUGACAGUGUCUGUAGUUUCUGGUGAAGAUGAGAACAGCAAGGCCUACAGGUGGGCCAAGCAGAGCCUCCCGGUGCUGCUGGACACACACACAGAGCCUUUAAACACUCCUUCGUUCAAAGGGCAGGAGGAGGAUGAGGAGAAAGGAGGGACAAAGACAGUCUGUGGAAAAGAGUGUCAAAGCAGCCGUGCACCUAUGGACCAGACUGAGCAAGAGAGGAUUCUGGGAUAUGAGACAGUGUAUGAGAAUGGCACUCGCACAUAUACAGCCGUCAGCUUGCAGGGUUUCAACAAGAUGUCUGCAAGAACACCAGCCAGCUCUCCGACUCAUACCCGCAGGAAACGGCAAGUUUAUGGAGCAGAUGGACGCUUUGUGAUCUCUGACUCACAUUUCAUCACCAACUACCCUUUCUCUACAGCUGUUCGUCUCUCCACAGGCUGCUCUGGUGUCCUGAUCUCCCCGAAACAUGUGCUAACAGCGGCACACUGCAUCCAUGAUGGGAGGGACUACCUAGAGAGUGCCAGAAGGGUUAGAGUAGGGGUGCUACAGCUCAAGACUAAAAGAAGAAGAGGUGGUAGGAGGAGAGGAGGGCAGCUGAGGGGCGGGAGGAGAGGAGAGGGGGACAGAGGUGAGGAGCAGAUAAAGGAGGAAGGUGAGGAGCAGAAUAGUAUAGAUGCAGAUGUAGUAAGAGGUAGGAAGGGAGGCAAAGGCAGGAGGCGCAGGGGAAGAAAAGAGGGUGAGGAAGGUGUAGCAGAUCAUGGAAUUAGGGGCGACUUAGAGAGAGGAAGAGGAGGGAAGCAGAAAAGUCUCAACCGUAUACGACGUAGUGCUGAGCCCAAGAAGCAGCCCGUCUUCCGUUGGGCACGAGUUAAACAAACCCGAAUCCCUCAAGGAUGGAUCCAAACCAAGAACUCGACCAACUCGAUGUCCACUGACUACGAUUACGCUGUUCUGGAGCUGAAACGACCCCUCAAACAAAAGCACAUGGAGCUCGGGGUGGCACCCUCUGCCAUCCCCCUGGCACGGAUCCACUUCUCAGGCUAUGAUGCUGACAAAAGCCUGCUGGACGGGCGUGGAGAAGAAAAGGUGGUCUACCGUUUUUGUUCAGUGGCAAAUGAGUCUGACGAUCUGAUGUACCAGCACUGUGACGCGCAGCCAGGCGCUACGGGGGCAGGCGUUUACAUUCGUCUGAGGCAGGAAGUAGGAGAAGCAGGCAGGAAAGGGAAGUGGCAGCGGAGGGUGAUUGGGGUGUUUUCGGGCCAUCAGUGGGUGGAGGUGGAAGGAGGUGAGCAGAGGGACUUUAAUGUUGCGGUGAGGAUUACGCCAGCCAAAUAUGCCCAGAUCUGUCACUGGAUCCAUGGAGAUCCAAGUCUCUGUAAAGAGGUUUGACUGGAAAGUGAUGGACCUACAAGACAAAAAUAUAGGUUGUCACUUUCAAAGAGACUCAAAGAUCUGGGCCUGUAUGUAUAAAACUUCUAAAAAGCAGUUCUUAAGAAUGGUCCUAGACUUUGACUUACAGUUGAUAACUAUUUGGUAAAAAUUAGGACUUAGACGCUGACUUUUAGCAAAGUAUACAAACCCUACACUACAGUGUUGUCAAUUAAGGCCUCCAGUCAUGUCUAUGCCCUUCCUCAAGCACUUAAACAGCCAAUAGUAUGCCUCCAAAGGUUAUGUGUCAUAGCUGCAUCACAGCUUCAUAUACUCCUUGAUGUAGUUACCUACCCAUCAUUCAUUGUGUCCAACGUUAUAAAUUCUUAAAUACAGUAUAUUGCAAAAUGCAAGACAAAAGCUUAUAGAAGAUAUUUCCCGCACAGCUGCAAUGACAAUAAUAAUACACCGGUAUGCUGUUUGGGAUAUUUAAAAGUAUUAAAUUAGUUCAUGUAUAUAGUAAACAUUUCAAGUGAUACUCGUCUGUGGAGGUCCUAUGAAAUCUUUAUGUGAAAUGUUUCUUUUUUCCAAAACAACACAAACAACAAAUCAAAUGCUCGCAUUCUUCUUUCUUUGGCAAAUCUGGCACCUACUGUGUAUUACCCACAAUGCAACUCGACCACUGACAGUUCAGUCAGAGAUUUGGGUGUGUUAUGCUGGUAGCGGCUAAUGUAGCCUCAAGCAGAGAUGAGGAGCUGUGCAGAUUUGUUUUUAUUUAGUAGUAUUCAGACUCAAGUGAUAUCAAAUCACUUGAGGUAAUUUAUCAUAUGUUACGCGGCUCCCUUUGGAGCCACACAAAGCUUUAUACAACUUUUUUUUUUUUUUUUACUUAUUGAGUAGUACUCCCCAAGACCAAACAGACUCUGUGCAGUUCCCCUUUAAAAAGUUUCCUGCCAAGUGUAUAUGUUAAAAACAGUUCAACUUGUAAUAUCUGUGUGCUAUUCAUUGUCUUUUAUACUAACUAUAAUUCAUUUAUUUCACUGCUUAGCCAAAAUAUUAUUGUUGCACUUUUUGUAAUCGUUAUAAAUGAGGCUAAUACAAACUUCAGGAAGACAUGUAAACAUUUGAUUCUAUUUAUGCUGAAACCAUCAUGUCAGGAACUUGUUCAUACUGUAUAAGGAUGUGGGUAUUAGCACAGAUGUAUCUUUUAUUAAUUUAUCAUCAUACAUUUCCAAAAGUGUGUAUCCACUGCCUCUGCUGGUCACUAACUAACUUACGAAGUCUUAACACUUAUUAAUGUUUAUGCAUAGUACUUAAAUGUAAGAAUAAGUGCACAAUUAUGUGUUGUUUUUUUCUUCUUCUUAAUUUUCUGAGCAGCUUUAUGCAUACAGGCCCAGGAAUGCUGAUUUCAGACCAGUUCACUUCUUUAAUGACAGUUUUUGGGCAUAUCAGCAACCUAUAAUCCAAGAAUGCUGCACAUGUCCCUGGUCCUGGAUCAGUGGCCUAUUGAUCCAUUUGUUAUUUUAUUGUCUCCUUUUCUAAAUACCACAGUUGUCUGUCUCUGAAACACCUAAUUUAUAGAACUUUGAAACUGUAAUUAUGUAAAAGAAAAGUCGAAGCCAUAUGUAUUUCUCCUGUGUGGCACAAUGUAAACAUUUUGCUUUGUUAACUUUUGUAUAGAAGCAUACACAGUUAAACUGGUGUUAGCCUUCAUGUUAAAGGAAAUACUGGGUCAACACAACGUUUGUAUUUUCUGACAUUCUGAAGCGAGUAACAAUAUCUUGUUUUGUAAUUUUGUUUUCAUGCCACAAGCACAUUUUCUUGUCAACAGAAAUAAUUCAUGCUGAUAACAAAUAAAAAUGUUGAAUUUUCAAACAACAAGCUGACAGAA